CAAACACCACACUAGAUAGAUAGAGAUAAUAAUGGCUAUGGGGAUAAGAGACCAAGUCAACCACAAUCCAUGCUCGUCGUCGAUAUCUCCAUCCAAGCCCAAGAAGAACAAGUCCAAUCUCAUCUCCAAAAAGAAGACCAAGAAGAAGGAAGACAACCUCCGCGCCAAGGCCGCUCUCCACCUUCAACAACAACAGCAGCAACUAAACUGUGACGGCGAUCAUCGUCCGAUCCUGCGGCCGAAAGUGUACAUCACCGAUAUCUCCAACUUCAAGACCCUUGUCCAGGAGCUCACCGGCAACGGAGCUCCCGCCGCGUGGGAGUCCUCUCCGUCAUCGGAGAUAUUCGAAUCCGAGAGCGAGAGUGUAGAU